AGAGAAAAGAGGAAGCGCGGCAGAUCUUCGCCGGGUCUCCCCUUUGGAGGGACGGAGAGAGAGAGCAAUGGGUGUGACCCAGUCUUUGGGGCUCCCCCCCGGGAAGGGGUCCUAUCCGGUGGGGUGCACGGACGUGAUGGUGGGACAGGCCCAAAAGGGCGUUUUCUUCCGCUUGUUUUAUCCUUGCGUCCCUCAAGAUGGUGCAGAGCAACCUACCUGGAUCCCCCGCUACGAGUACUUCUGCGGGAUAGCCGAUUACAUGAACAUGAACAGGAAAUGGUGCGCGCCGCUGCUCAACAUGACGUUUGGGUCCUGCAAAAUUCCUGUGAGCUGGGAUGCGCCUUUCCGACCACGUUCCCAAAAGUAUCCAGUGAUCAUAUUCUCCCACGGAUUAGGAGCUUUUCGAACCGCGUACUCUGCCGUCUGUAUUGAAAUGGCCUCCCGAGGCUUUCUAGUGUUGGCACUUGAGCACAGAGACCGCUCUGCCUCUGCCACUUUCUUUUGCAAACCGGAUCCGGAAGCGCCCGAUGGCCCUGGGUCCCAGGUUCAUGAAGAAUGGCUCUCGUAUCAAGGGGUACCCAAAGACCAGAAGGAGUUUCGCUUCCGAAACCCACAGCUCCAUCAAAGAGCCAACGAGUGCAUACGAGGACUCAAGCUCCUUCGAAGCAUCGACACCGGGAAGGCGCCCGUCAACCUCCUGCGCACCGGCUUUGAUCUCUCGACACUGAAGGACAACGUGGAUCUGACCAAAGUUGCAGUCAUGGGCCACUCUUUCGGAGGAGCGACGGCCAUCCUGUCCCUUGUUAAGGAAGCCCAGUUCAAGUGUGCGGUUGCCCUCGAUCCCUGGAUGUUCCCUCUGGAGAAUUCUCUGUACCCCAAAGUGACCAAGCCGGUUCUUUUCAUCAACACGGAAUCAUUCCAGACCCCGGAAAGUGUGGCCAAGAUGAAAAAGAUCACCACCACGAGCGGCGAGUCCAAGAUUAUAACAAUUUUGGGGACCGUCCACCAGAGUCAGACCGACUUCACCUUCCUGGCUGGGAAUCUCGUGAACAGAGUUUUCCAAACGAGAGGCACCAUCGAUCCUUACGAAGGCCUCAACAUCACCAACCAAGCGGCUCUGUCCUUCCUGCAGAAACAUCUCCAGCUGAAAGAAGAUUUUGACCGAUGGGAUGGUCUUCUGGAAGGCAUCGGUGACUACAUUGUUCCAGAUAGCCCUUUGCAGAAAUCCAGUCUUUAGGCACAAAAUACUUUAUCUCUCUCAAAAUACUGUAUCUCUUUGGGGUAUAUUCUGUUUUCCCCACCUUGGAAUGGGGCGGGGGAAGUACCCUCUUAAUGUGCAAUCACAAUCUGAACUCAGGACCCGUCAACAACCUCGCAGGAUUUUCCACAGAGAUGUUCUUAUCGCCCUCCGCUUUCUCUGAAGGUGCUCCUCGCUCCUUCGGUACGACAGAGGGGUGAUCAAAACCAGCCUGCUUCCUCUGUUCCUCCGGACAUUGUUCUGAGAUGUAGAAAUCAGGGGUGCUGUUUUUGGGGGAGCAGCGGAGAGGACCCCCCAAAAAACAGGAAGUUUUGUGGCAGAAGAUCUCCCUGAAUUGGGGGAGGGGGUGGAGGAACCCCUUGGGAGCACGGCGGUCCUCAGACCCGAGGACACGAUUUCCCUCGACCGCUUUUGUAGCCAAACCAUAUUCCACGGGGGAAAAUGGUUACCUUUUUGUUCCUGUUUUGAAUUGGGAGACAAGAACAGGAUUCUAAAGAGGAGAAAGUAACCUUAUCUCACCUGAUGGUGGCUGUUAGAAAAUGGAAGGGAUUGGGUGGUCUGCAGUUCACCCUGGGAACCGAAGCAAAGAUUUUCUGCCAGGCCGAAGGAGCAAUGCUGUGCCGGGGCGUCUGUCUCUGAAUCCUUUCUUGAUCCCUAUGAAUUACUUUCCAGAUAUUUUUAGAGCUACUGUCUUCUUGCCUCCUGACUCCCUCCAGGACCUUUCCAGGUGGUCCUGAGAUUUUUUUUGUAUGUUUGUAUAUAUGCAAUCUUUUGGAGAUACAGAUUUCUUCUGUGUAUCUCCAGUGGACCAAAGGCGUCUGUGAUGGGACAGUUGCAUUAGCAAAGAUGGAAUGAGAGCCCUUGCAGCUUGGAUGGUAAAUAUUUUGUGUCUAGGGCCUCAAAUGCAUCUUGGAAAUGUCCCUUCUGACCUCAUCAUCUUGCCCUUUCCAUGUGGGUCAGCAAAUAUUUAGAGCAGUGGUCCUCAACCUUGGGCCUCCAGAUGUGCUCGGACUACAACUCCCAGAAGCCUUCACCACCACCU